AUGAGAUUGGCUAAACUGAGAUCCAUUGCAUCGUCAAAGUUGUGGAGUUCUGUUGUGUUGAAUCAAAAGAAACAGAGCAGCAGCAAACUAAGAAGCUUUGACGUGAUGGCCCUCCAACCAGAUAACAGUACAAUCAAAAGUAGAGAGAUUGGAGGAUCUGGAAUUGACCUUAGGAGCAAGUCAAGGACGCUUGAAAAGCCCGUGGAAGAUCCUUCUGAGCUUCCCAAGUGGAACUAUGAUGGUUCGAGUAGCAGACAAGCACCUGGUGAAGACAGUGAAGUGAUUCUAUAG